AUGGACUACUCAGACAAACACUCCGGCCUCCACGAUGACAUCUCACCCAACAUCAAACGCUCCAAAUCCAUGCAGUCCUUACGCACCGCCGACAUGGAAGCCCUAUCGACUGCCCUCGAGAAGUUCCACUACGAGAAUGAAGCCGCACCAUACCGCUCCCGCCUCAGUGAAUCCUCCAUCGAGAUCAGCAUCAUCAAUGACUCUGAUUCGUCGAGGAGUUCGGACUCUGACAUGGACACGUGUAUGGGAGGGAAGGAGCUGCGCGGCACCGAGGACAGCGGCAUCUGCGACCGAGGCUGCUCCCGGGACGCGGAUACGCUGCAUGCGCUCGAGGUUAAGGUCGACAAGUUGACUGAGCUAUUCCUGGAGCAGAACGAACAGCUAUCUGCUCUGAAGGAGGAAGUCAGGAGCUCCGGCCAGACCACGGAGCGGGCGCUCGGCAGACACGGCCAGGUGGCCCUGGAUGUUGUGCACUACGCCCUCGCUCAGAGACUAGAAGCUCUGCACCUAGACCCGUCAGCCGAGGCGACCCUGGCGGGCGCGGCGGCGGCGGGCGGCACCAGCUCGCGAGCGCAGGCGCUACUCGACGCGCUAGAGUUCCGGCAGAAGACCAGCAACCUCGACGCCGUCAUCAAGACUGCACUGACGGAGUUCUUGCAGAGUGAUGCGCUACAAGAGCAAAUGGUAUCAGCGACCACAUCGGCCAUCAAAAGCGUGAUAAACAGUUGCUUCGCAAAAGAUGUUACGGCCGCAUACCUUCCACUACUAGAGAGAUCCCAUCGCCGGCUUUUGGGGCAAGUUUCCCGCACCUUGGACGACGCGUUCAAAGAAAUUGAAUCCAAUGCUGCGUCUUUCUCCAGAUCAUCGUAUAAAUCUGCGAAAUCGAUUCGCAUUGCGUUGGAAAGACACCAGCGACUACUCGAACAAUCUUCCCAUGCGAACAUUCACUCUAUCCUCAAAAAGUCCGUUCAUGAGGCUUUAGAAAAUGAACUGUCGAAAUGGCGUCAGAAAACAGAAGAGGUUCUCUCCGAUACAGGAUCGAAGCAGUCUGGCUCAGAACCCGGGACCACCUGCCUCAAAUACAUUCCGGUGAGCCCGCCUCAGCCCACGGAGCCAGGCCGAUCCGCUAUAGAACUCAUGAUGAACGCAGCUGAAAUUAACGAGCAAAUUAAGGAGGGGGACAUCAAUGGUUCUUUCGAGAAGGCUCUGCUGGCUUCAGACCUGUCUCUGGUGAUGGCAGCGUGCCGCGCCGCCGACCCCGCCACUGUGUUCUCCGCUGCCUGCCAACUGCAGCAGAAUGUGCUGUUGUCCUUGAUACAACAGCUGGCUACUGACAUGGUGCACGAUACCCAGUUGAAGUGCAGGUAUUUGGAAGAUUCCAUCAUGAAACUGGAUACGCACCACCCGGUAACGAAAUCGCAUUUGCCAGUAGUUGUGGCGGAAGUUUCAAAAAAUUUGAACGCCUUCCUACAUACAUUUCCUAGCCACAUGUCUAGCCGAAGAAUAAAAAUGAUUAUAAUGGCUGCAAAAAGUUUAUUGAAGGAAAGUGCAUGCACAAAACAGUGAAGUUCGAUUCAUGCUUUGUUGCGCUCAUUUUCACAUAUUUUUAUAUUCAUUUUAUCUGCAUGCUUCUUUAUUUUCAAAAAAUAAAAUAGUUUUGUUAGAGUGGAUUUUUAUUUUGUCUGCCAUUGCGUCACAAUGAAAAAAAAAGUUUUUUGUUUUCUAUAGCAUCAUUCUUAUUUUCAUGAAUGACGUUUCAU